CUGCCCGCCUCGGCCCGCCAUGCGCCCGCCGGCCCCGGCCGCGCUGGGGCUGCUGCUGCUGGUGCUGCUGCUGCCGCCGCCACCUGGUGAGGCCGCCAAGAAGGCGACGCCCUGCAAGCGCUGCCGGGAGCUGGUGGACAAGUUCAACCAGGGAAUGGUGGACACUGCAAAGAAGAACUUUGGCGGUGGGAACACGGCUUGGGAGGAAAAGUCACUGUCCAAGUAUGAAUUCAGUGAGGUCCGCCUGCUGGAGAUCACGGAGAGCCUGUGCGGGAGCAGCGACUUCGAGUGCCACAGUCUGCUGGAGGAGCACGAGGAGCGCCUGGAGGCCUGGUGGCUGCGGCUGUGAGCGCCCCCACCCCCACCCCCACCCUGUC